GCUACGGAAAGUCGUACAGGGCUCACAGCUAUCUAAUAGAUAGUUACUGGAACGAUAUGCAAUUAACAAAGGGAGAAUAUCUUUUACAAGCAUUGGAUGAACUGGAAACAGGUUCAAUAUUUAUUUGGAUUGUCUUUUCUCUUAAUACUGCAACUUCAUUAUUAAAUGGAUUAAAUUCCUUGUCUUAUGUUUUCAUCGCUGAGAUACCCGAAUAUUGGUGCGACAUUCCAGAACUUUCGGAGGCCAAUUGGACUAUUGAUCAAAUAAAAAGUAUUUCUAUAAAUAACGAAUGCCAACAGUAUGAUUACAAUUAUACACAUCUCGUGGACUUGGGAUACGAUAAAUCCGUACAAUAUGUCAAUAAUCUUAUAUUAAUGCCAAAUAUAAUAUUCUGUUCAUCACAUAUGUUCAAUGAGAGCGGAAGGUCAACGAUUGUUAAUGAAUGGCAAUUAGUUUGUGAUAAACAACUAUAUCGAGCCAAUACAUUUCUAGUAUAUGUAUUCGGGAAGGUUUUGGGUAAUGGAAUUUUGGGAAUAUAUGCAGAUCAAUAUGGACGAAAGAAAUUUUUGAUAAUUGGUGUGCUAUUAUAUAUUAUUGUCGGGCCUUUGAGUGCAUUCGUACCAUGGUUUUGGGCUUAUGUUAUUUUAAAAUUCCUUACAGGAAUAAGUAUAGGUGCUAUGUAUUCCACUGCGUACACUCUUUUGUCAGAAGCUGUAAAAAAUCAAAAAAGAAAGAUAUUAUUUGCUGUUGUCGAUUCUAUGUAUUCAGUUGGAAUUUUCUGUCUCAUAAGUAUGGCGUAUUUUUUGCCUAAUUGGAGACACUUACAACUGACAAUGGCAUGUUCCUCACUGCCAAUAAUUAUUGUGAUUUUCUUUUUAUCAGAAUCACCUCGAUGGUUAAUAUCACAAAAUCGUCUUGAUGAAGCUCAGCAAAUCAUCGAAAAAUAUCACAAAUCAUUUAUGAUACCGACUCAUAUUGAAGGAAAUCCAACAAAUGAGCGAACAUUGUCAUCUUCAGAUAGUCCUGCGACAUUGAAUGAAUCUAAAGGUUUUUUCUAUCGUAAUUUCAAAAGCGUAAAAUUUUUAUUUACACAUUCGGAUUUGAGAAAAAAAAUUUUGAUUAUGUACUUAACAAAUUAUGUCACAGCAGUGGUCAGUUAUUCACUUGUUUUUAGUAUCGAUAAUUUCAAAUCAAACCGUUACAUUUAUAUGUCAAUAGUAUCUGUUAAUGAAAUUUUAGCACAUAUGUCGAUUUCAGUGGUCUUAAUGUUUUUGAGCUGUCAAAAAUCAAUCGUUAUAACGUAUACAGCUGGAUUUAUAUUAAUGAUGACAAUUUUAGCUGUCCCCGAAGAAAGUAAAAGCAUAAUUAUGGGAUUAGCAUUAGUAGCAAAAUUUUUUUUGUCAGCAAGUUUUACAAUCAACGUAAUAUUUAUUUCGGAAUUGUUUCCCAGCAACGUUAGAAAUACUGCUAUGGGAAUGAACUUUGUAAUGGGACAAUUUGGAUCCAUGACAGCACCAUAUAUUGUUGAUUUAUUAGGCUACGUUGCUUGGUGGGCUCCUACUACACUUUGUGGUAGUUUAACACUAGUAGCUGGAUUUUUUUGUCUCAUGAUACCUCAAGAAAUUUAAUUACAGGCUAUAGAACGUUCGAAAACAAAUAAUUUUUUUAGGUGUAGAAUAGAGAGACCAUUAAGUUAUUGGUAAGAAAUAAAAAUCCCAAUAAUUAAAUUAUUUUUCUAGGAUGCUCAUUUUUGCCAAUAUCCUCCAUAUUCCUCACAUAUUUUUGAAAUAAUUAAUAAAUUUAUUAUUAUUGUUGUUACGACAUAUGAAAUUCCAUAGUAUCGUAUGUUUUUAACAUUUUAUAUUAUGUUUUAUAUUUAUCGAUAUUUAAUAAAAAUUUUGCAGUUUGUAAUAUAUAUUUUUCAUCGACCAAUGAUAUUUUAAAUGUUAAAUAUU